GGAAGCGCUUGUCAUUCGCAGACUCCGUUCAGCGAUGGAGGAUUCGCCUUCGUCCAAUCAUGACUUCCCAAGUCAUAUUGCCAUCUCGGUCAAGAGCUUGAGACGGAUCAGCAUGGCUCUUGAUCAUGUCGCUGCCCAGCUGACAUCUCAGACUGCGAUCCUCGAUCGACUGUGGUACAAAAGCAGGGCUCAGCAUCGCCGAUCGCCAUGGUUUAAAAGCAUCGAUGGCCUCCGAAGAUGUCUCGGAAGGGUACUGGGAAAGAAGCAGAGGAGCUACACUGUCGAAGGAGCUGCCUCCAAACGGGGACGUAGCCAGGGUGUCGGCGGUCAAAAUGUGGCCGCGAGUAAGCGAUCGGGUCAAUCACUCCAGUGUCAAGAGUCUCUCGCGAGUUUGCAGCGUCACAUUUGGUCCGCCGGAGAGGGACAACAGCUCCAAGAUCUUCCGAGCCGAAAGAGAACGAGCAAAAAGUUGACGGACACAAUUGCGCCAGAGGUCUUUCUCCUCCAGCUCGCCAGCGAUGUUCUCGUCCUUGCCAUCCAACUUCACGAGAUAUCUCAAAGGACGGCAAAAUGCUACGCUAUACUUGAGGCUCAUCUCAGAACGCCGCCAGCUCCCACUUUUGCUCCUCUGGUUGCGAGUCUCGUGUCUGUAUGCGCUGCAACUUUCGCAGCCAGCCAGGCCGUACUCUGGACUGGCCACAGCCCAACGCAGGCCGCUGAGGGCACAGGCGAUGGAGACGCAAAGAUCAUUUCGCUGAGUCGAGUCUAUCGCAUCGUCAUUGACGCUAUAACAGUUUCGGCGCCGUUGAGGCCACCGCUCUACUUUGGCGGCAUCACGACCGUGGCUGGGAAAGACGACCGGAAGGCAAAGCUGCUUAGCGAGUUGCACUCGUGUGGCCGUGUGUCAGCUCUUCCUACCACCCUCGAACGGUCAGCAGAGGCAGACAGCGAAUCAAAGCAGCGCCAAGGGCGCUUGGACGAUCUCCUCAUCGAAGCCGUAGUGGCAACGACAAGCAUCAGCGGGGAUGAUGAAGACAUUGGAGAGGCCGUUUGAGCGCGCAGCGAAAAUUCUACUGCUGUCGUUUACCAUCAUGGUUCCUCCUUUCCUGGAAUAGCGCAGGCACACUUUCCGUCCAAAGGACUCUGCACACAGAUCAGACAUGGCAGAACGGCAAUGUGGAAAAAGAUCUACCUGUUCGAGCAAAGAUCGAAGCGAGAUGCGCUCGGUUAGCGAGAGGGGAGAGCCCAGGGGAGGUGUAGAGGAGGGCGAAGUACAGAAGCAACGAGCCAGUCAAGAGCAA